UCACGAAUGUUAUUAUUUAGCUUUGUUAAUAUUGGAAUUUUAUGUUUUUUCUUUGUUAAAAAAUAAAUAAAAGUGAUAUUAAUUUCCAAUUGUUUUCGCGAUGAUUCAAUCGUGAUGUCAUUUCAUAUCAAGUAUCGACACAUGUGUACUGUUAGUGUGUUUGCAAUCAGCUGAGAGGAGUACUGCAAGGUGCAUGCCGACCGUCAGACGUGUUUUGUGGGAAGUACAAGAAAAAGUCGUCCCUUAGUUAUUUUAGUCGAUUGUUUUCGCUUUUAAUUCGUCCAAAAAGUAAAUUCGAUCUUUGUGUCGGUUCCGUCGUCGUUGAGCGAUUGAGCGCGUCGCGUGCUUGGCAGUAGGUCGCGAGUACCGUUUCUACGUGCAGUUCUGCAAUGGCAUCAUCACGCGCCACGCCCGUGCCGUUGAAAGAGGCUGAAAAAGCCAUAUUCGAAUUGAUCAACAACAACGACAUCGCCGGGCUCAAAUCCCACAUGGAAAUCAACGCGUUGAAACCGGACGUGGUCGACGAACACGGCCUGACACCUUUGUCCCACGCUUGCUACAAAGGCAACAAAGAUAUAGCACAGUACCUCAUCGAUCAGGGUGCAAAUGUUAAUUUAAAUGAACACGAGAAUGGUUACACGGCGCUGCAUUUCGCCGCUUUAUCAGGGAAGGCUGAUCUAUGCCAGCUUUUACUUGCCAAUGGAGCGAAGACACAUAUGCAGAACUCUGUUGGAAGGACGGCAGCCCAAAUGGGUGCUUUUGUAGGCAACCACCAGUGUGUAGCCGUUAUAAACAACUAUUUACCAAAAUGUGAAGUGGACUAUUACACCAUAUCGCACAGCUUGAACCAAGGACCAUUUUUAUCACCUACUGUAGCUACUACUGUUCAUAAAUUAAUUAUGCAGGUCAACCUCCAUCCCAUCAGGAUCGCCCUAACAUGUCAGCCGUUGGUCGAUGUGUUAAAUAAUGUUAAAUUCGUGUUGGAAAUGAUGAGCCAAAAACUGAUGCGGAGAGGAGCUGAGAGUAAUGAAGUGCUUUCUUUUAAAAUUCACUACUUAUCUUUUGUAAUAGGAGAAAUUAUGAAAUGCAGGAAACCAGACCAACAAACAACCGGCUUAAUUGAAACAUUUAUAAAGAGAAUUCUUAGAAAUGGAAGUGGAGAAAAAUUUUUAGAAUCUCUUAUAAGGGAAAGUAUAAGAGAAUAUCCGUAUAGAGAUUGUGGUAUAUUCCACCAGAUGAUUACUUCCUUGACAGCUUUUAAAAAUCCUCCACCGGCCUUACAAGUGAUAUCUACGGUUAUUAACGGCCAAAGGGGUUUCGAAAGUGAUGUCAAAGUUUGUACGACUUGCAGUGAAGAGACCCAGACGAAAAAAUGUGUUAAGUGCAAACAGGUGCAGUAUUGUGGGCGAGAGUGCCAAAGACUUCAUUGGUUUGCACAUAAAAAAGAAUGUAAUAGAAAUGCUGAUGAUUUAGUCACCAAAGUUGAGGCCAUUAAAAUAAAUUGAUAACUCUUUUCUCAUUGAUCAAUUUUUUAAUUUAAUUU